GAAGGGGGGAGGCGCUGAGCAGAGAGAGCGCCAGGGACUGGAAGGAGAAACAGGAAAGGGAGGCGGGGGAGAGAGGCUCUGGGUUGCUGCUGCUUCUGCUGCUGCUGCUGCUGCUGCUGUGUGGCUGUUUCUGUACACUCACUGGCAGGCUUGGAGCCGGCUCCCUCGCCCGCCCGCCAGCCUGGGAAAGUGGGUUACGGAGCGAAGGAGCUCAGCUCAUACACUAGCAGAGGAGCGUCCAGCCACAGAGAGACCAAACAAGAACCCCUUCCUCUGGCUUUCUCUUCAGCUCUUCCAGAGGGCUUGCCAUUUGUACUCUCUCUUUUGAAAUUGUGUUGCUUUUACUUUUUCACCCUUCUGCCUGGGUGUUGUGAGGGCUUUGUUAAGUCUUAGAGGGAAAAGAGACUGAGCGAGGGAAAGAGAGAGGCAAAGUGGAAAGGACCACAAACUGGCAAAGCCCGCUCUGUGCUCGCUGUGGAUGAAAGCCCGGUGUUGGUGAAGCCUCUCCCGCGAGCAGCGCGAGCCCCUCCAGAGCACCCCACGGACCCGAACCUCGGCAGUGGCCACCAUGGUCGGGAGAGUUCAGCCAGAUCGGAAACAGUUGCCUCUGGUCCUACUGAGAUUGCUCUGCCUUCUUCCCACAGGACUGCCUGUUCGCAGCGUGGAUUUUAACCGAGGCACGGACAACAUCACCGUGAGGCAGGGGGACACAGCCAUCCUCAGGUGUGUUGUAGAAGACAAGAACUCAAAGGUGGCCUGGUUGAACCGUUCUGGCAUCAUUUUUGCUGGACAUGACAAGUGGUCUCUGGACCCGCGGGUUGAGCUGGAGAAACGCCAUUCUCUGGAAUACAGCCUCCGAAUCCAGAAGGUGGAUGUCUAUGAUGAGGGUUCCUACACUUGCUCAGUUCAGACACAGCAUGAGCCCAAGACCUCCCAAGUUUACUUGAUCGUACAAGUCCCACCAAAGAUCUCCAACAUCUCCUCGGAUGUCACUGUGAAUGAGGGCAGCAACGUGACCUUGGUCUGCAUGGCCAAUGGUCGUCCUGAACCUGUUAUCACCUGGAGACACCUUACACCAACUGGAAGGGAAUUUGAAGGAGAAGAAGAGUAUCUGGAGAUCCUCGGCAUCACCCGGGAGCAAUCAGGCAAAUACGAGUGCAAAGCUGCCAAUGAGGUCUCCUCGGCGGAUGUCAAACAAGUCAAGGUCACUGUGAACUAUCCUCCCACUAUCACAGAAUCCAAGAGUAAUGAAGCCACCACAGGACGACAAGCUUCACUCAAAUGUGAGGCCUCGGCAGUGCCUGCACCUGACUUUGAGUGGUACCGGGAUGACACUAGGAUAAACAGUGCCAAUGGCCUUGAGAUUAAGAGCACCGAGGGCCAGUCUUCCCUGACGGUGACCAACGUCACUGAAGAGCACUAUGGCAACUACACCUGCGUGGCUGCCAACAAGCUCGGGGUCACCAAUGCCAGCCUCGUCCUUUUCAAACGUGUUUUACCCACAAUCCCCCACCCCAUUCAAGAAAUUGGUACCACCGUGCACUUCAAGCAAAAAGGACCUGGGUCGGUGAGAGGAAUAAAUGGAUCCAUCAGUCUGGCCGUACCACUGUGGCUGCUGGCAGCAUCUCUGCUCUGCCUUCUCAGCAAAUGUUAAUAGAAUAAAAAUUUAAAAAUAAUUUAAAAAACACACAAAAAUGCGUCACACAGAAUACAGAGAGAGAGAGAGAGAGAUGGGGGGAGACCGUUUAUUUCACAACUUUGUGUGUUUAUACAUGAAGGGGGAAAUAAGAAAAUGAAGAAGGAAAUACAACAUUUAAAACAAUUUUACAGUCCAUCAUUGAAAAUUUAAGUAUCAUUCAGGAUGGAGAAGUUUCUACCAGGAUAUGUUUAUAUCUACUAAGGAAAUGGAUGCUGUGUAAAGACAACGUCAUACUAAAGACAUCCGGAUGCUGUAAAAAUAAGACAAGAACCAGAUGGAUAUUAAGCCCCCAACACACACUUUAUCCUUCCUUCCUUCAUCCUUUUUCAUCUGUGGGGGAAAAAAUAAGGUCUUGCCUUUGGUGUUUCUAUUUCCAUAACCUUUUAAUUGUGUUUUUCAUUUGAGCUGACUUGUAGCCACUUCCGACUAUCAAUGGAAUCUUACGUUGAUCCUUUCUCUGGCUUUCCUUCCUCCACUAUCUCUCCAACUUUAGACAUCAUCCCCUCUCCCUCCAGUGUGUUCUCUCUCCCCCACGCCCAUCCUACAUGUCCCCUUUUUACCCACCUUUCCUCCCCCACCUCUCCUCACCCUCACCCCCUCCCCAGAGCACUAGUCAUGCCGCAAAUGCUAGGAAGUGCCAUUUUAAUUUUCUCCACUGUGCGCGUGUGCUCAAGUCUUUCGCUCUCACGUGGGUGUACAUGUGUGUGAGCGUGUGUGUGUCUCUCUCUAAAGCAUGCCAAGGGAAUGGUCCAUGUGUACAUAGACUCACUGUGCUGUAGAUACUGUCCUGCAUUGUAAUUGUGAGAUGCGGCUAUAACAAGUUGCUGGGGGAGAUGGUGGGGAAGGAGGCAAGGAGCAGAGUCCUCCCCCCAUCCAUGGCUGUCACAUGGCAUCAGUGUGUAUUCAGACCAAGCUGUGCCCCUUCCAAGGGCAGGACCCCAUAUUCCUCCUAGUCCCAUCAUCAGAACCGAGUGGGGAGUCACUCAGAAUAUCACUGUAAAUGAAAGUGCCUACUAUCGAUGGGGUAAGCAAACAGUAUAAGGAAUUAUGACAUGAACGAGGUGAACUAGGAGAGAAAAUUUCAGAUUUUACUCUCAUUUCAUGAGUCUGAGGGAUUCAUAUAUUUCCUGGCGUUUAACAGGGUGGGCCCUGCUCUGCUGCAAAAAUGAGCAGCAUGUGUUGAGUAAAUCCCCAGAAACAGGAAGGUCUCCAAGUCUCAACUCCCAGUAAAAGAAUGAUGAACCACUUGGAGAUCCUAAGAUUAAACCUCCUCUCUAAUCUUCAGAUAACACUGCAUUUGUCCCAUGAAUUCCCCUGAGCAGAGAUUGUUUUCUAUUUCAGAUAAAAUACAGUAAAAGUGAGCAAGGCAGAAAAAGUCAACAGAUGCCCAGGCUCCUACCAUAUUCUGGAGAUACUGUCAGAGCUCUAAUACAGAGCAUUGGCCAUAAUGAAAAGCAGUUCACUCCUCGUGCUCCUCUGCAGCUGUUUUUCCCGGUGCUCUAGGUUAAUAUUUUAUUUGGUUGCCCACAUAAGCCCCGUUCUGCUUCACUGAUGGUGUUUGCAGCACCACUCCUCGUGGUAGUCCACUGUCAUCCUAUGCCAGGCUGCUAAGAAUCGCAUUAUAUUCACCUUCCCUGCUCUAUUUAAAUGUACAUCUAUAAGAGUCACCUUGACAUUAACACUGAAAUGUUAUCUAGGUCCUUAGCCAAAAUUGCUGGGCAACUUGUAAUAAAUAUAGGCAGAAAUUUUAUGAGUACCACAAAGCUCGGUGUUACCACAUCACCAGGAUUUCUUAGGAAAUGUCUUGCAGAGAAAGCUGGCUCUCUGCAUGUAGAUAUCUUUGUUAGAAAACCAACCAUUGCUCUCACUUACACAAUAGGAGGCACUGAAAGUGGUUCAGUUCAUGAAAGGACAGAGGAUUAUUUAGAGAUUAUAUUUGAAUGUAAUCUUGCAGAGCCAAAUAUGGUAUGUCAUUAAGUUGGAACCUUGUAAAUAGCUGUUACACUAUAUAAAAUGAGAAACUUUGGAACUGGAAUAAAAUGAAGGAAGGAAGGAAGGAAGGAAGGAAGGAAGGAAGGAAGGAAGGAAGGAAGGAAGGAAGGAAGGAAGGAAGGAAGGAAGGGAGGGAAGGAAGGAAAAGAGGGAGGGAGAGGAGGGAGGGAACGAGAAAGAUCUGAGUAGCAUUGUUAAUUUCUUCUAAGGAAUUAUAUUGUUUGUUUUAGAAGCUUAUCACAGCCUUCUUUCAUGAUUUUGCAGUUUAGACUUGAAACAGAAGGAAAAAUUCAGCUUGGGGAUGGUUAAGAGUGUUUAUAGCAGAUUCUGACACUGGGGAGAAAACAGAUUCUCGUCCAAGAAGGUAGCUAGUAAAAUAAAGGGAAGGUGAGCCAUAUUCCUAUGCAGCAUCAAUUUAUUGACAAUCAGGGAUUUCUCUUAAAAGUUUGGUCUUCUUAGUUCAAGAAUAAAAGGUUAUCAUCUUUAAUAAUAAGCAUUCCCCAUAAAUUGAAGAGGCAGUCACACACUUAAGUGUGUGACUUUAGAAAAGUACACGCUAAUUUAAAGAUAUACAGGAAGAGAAAAGUAGAAGGAGUUACACUGGAUGUUGUUAAAAGUUGGAUGUUAGUAUUAGUUUCAGGAACAGAUCCUCAUGGCAUGUCACAGGCUUUAAUUAUAUGCCUGGCUUUCUUGUCUCCACUUUAUCAUAAGGAUAAUAUCUUGGUUUAAUGGGAGGAACUUCUCCAUUGAAAUAAAUGUCUUUGCCAUGUCAGCACUAUGUGUUCCCUCAGUUUUAAUAUAACUGACCACAUAUUAAACAUAAUUAAAUAUAUAUUUAAAUGUGAUGUUUGCCUAUAUCUCUAGCAGGAUCUGGGAAUUUUAAAAAUUUGCUUCUGGCUCCUGUUUCAGAGAAAACAUUGGCCUCAGAAAUCUCAUAGGAUAGAAACUGUUCUCUAAGCAGUGUGAACAAUGAAGGAAAAUGUAGUUAAGAGAAAGUUCAGGGAAAGGUAGAGCCAGAGGACUGACACCAAGAAUUCAUUGAGUCUCAACAUAAGACUUCUCAGCAUUUAGUUAAUCAUAUUGGACUAAAUUCCUUCAAGAAUCUUGUCCCUUGGUAAUCAAAUCUUGAAACCCUGCACUGAGAAACACCAACUGGUUGGAAAUAAUAUACUGAGAGGAGUGAAAUGCAUCAAUUAACCUGAGUGGCUAAUAUAUUUAAUAUCCUUUGUGGACAAAAUAAAUCUUCACCAUUCAUAAAACAAAAUCUUUAGAGCCAACUUUAACAAAAAUAGAAAUGACCUGACCCAGGGCGCUUCCUGAAGAAUGAGAACUAUCCAGGGAUUUAGAACUGCAGAAUUGAAAUUAUGCUCUGUGCAACUGUUGAGCAAAAGGUUUUGCCUUACUGGAGAAAAAGUCUUGCUUAUUUUGAGACAUAAAAUCCCCCUGUCCUAAAAGAAUUAAAGCUUAUAGAAGAGCAGAUGUGUUUUCUGUCAGGAAGGACUGCCCCAUUGACCUUUGCCUUCUCUUCCAAGUCAGACAGACUUUUCGCUUGCCAUGGGCAUUUUUUUUUUAACUACACAGUCAGACAACCGGGGCUAUUCAUAGAGACCUUGUAAAAGUACUCGUGAUUUUCACGUUCUUGGAGGACUGAAACAAAAAUCUGUUUCUCCUCCAAAAAUGGACUUACCUCCUUUGCACACAAAAGCUAAACUCCUCAGCAUGAACUUGUUUGAGUUAUUACUUUACCAAGUUGUGAGCUUCUUGCAUCCUCCAGAGUCUCAGAUUCCAUCCCUGAGUUGGUUGUGGUUUCACUGUUUCUAUUGGCUAGUCUCCCUGGACUUUUCAUUUCAUUCUUUGCAGGGCUUGAAUUAUUUGUGGAAAACAAUAAUAUAUAUGUGUGUGUAUUUUUGCUUUAUCUUAUCUUUAUAGAUGCUAUAUUUACAAUAAUGUAUGUAUUAUAAGACAAAUUAAGAAUGAUGUUUUGAACUUAAAAGGAAGAAAAGUACUGAAUUUGGUUGUUUAGAAAAAAGAUCUAUGCUCAAAUAGAAAAACAUAGAGCCCCACUUUUUCCAUUUUGUAAUUAUUUACUUAAAAGAAAUUUGCUUAUAGACCACAUUUAAUGGAAUUAACCACGUCCUCAUUUUUCUUUUCAUCCUCAUAAACCUUGAGCCUGCAUUUAGUCUUGGUUACCAAUAGCUAUCAUUUUUUAAGAGAAAUGUAAGUACCAUGCUAUAUCUGACCUGCAUAAACUAUUAAUAUUUUAAAGACAAAUGUUAAACAUACCACAAAAAUGGUGAGAUAAGACCCUGAUUUAAGAAACAAAAAUACAAUUUAGAAAAAUCCUCCUUCUUGCUUAAAUGUUUAGACUAUUUCUUCUCCAAAGACUGCAUUUGCCUCAGUGAUGUAAAUUUUCCAUCAUGGUUGGCAUAAUAUCUGUAAACAUCUUACUAAAUGCAAAAUGGAGUUUACAUUUAUGUGCAUACUAGCAGAAAAGAAGUAAACUAUUCUCAUUUGCAUGUAGCUAUGCUGUUCAAAUGUAGCCAACCGAAAUUUAGUAAAGAAUUUGUUUUCACCCAGCAAUGUACAUCACUUUUCUCUUGGCAAGGAAGCCGCUGUUAACGUUGGGUUUAGGUUUCACAUUUACACCAGCGAAAAUGUUUACGAAUAUUAUGGAAAACUUAUUUUAAAAUCUUGAUUUCUUUUCAGCACAUUUACAUACUGCGUGCUGAUUAAUAAAUUAGGCACCAAUCAUGUGUAAAUCAAUGUAAAUCACUAGUUUAUGUACAUAAUAUAAACUAUGUAAACUUCAUUUUUCAUGCAGUGCACCCAACUACUGCUAAACCUAUGAUUCUUAAAGAAAAAAAAUCAAAUAAAAAUAAAUAAAAACCAAAACAUUUCACAGUUCAGAAUAGGAAGAAUUGUGAUUAAAGCUCCAAACAGGAGGUUAGCUCAGGCAAAGGAAGCAGACCCACAUGAACAGCUAAAGGUUUAUAUUCUGUUCAAGUCACCUUUCUGGUCUUUCAAGAUCUAAGUGGAGAUUGUCCCAACUAUUGCUGUAGUUGCCUCACCUGACCCCAAAGCUAAGGAAGUAAAAGGAAAGAGAGAGAGGGAAGGGUUUUCAGGGCUAUGUGUCUGCAGUAUCCACUCCCGGGUAUCUUCUUCUUCCUUCUUUCUCACCAUCUAAGAUGUCUUAUUUAAAUAGCUUCCAAGGAAGUGACCUAAACCUUGAUGAGCAAAAUAUUACUCAGUUUUGAUUUUUUAUUCAACAAAAGCAGUGAGAAAGCGUCUUUGUCAUCUAGAGUCUAAGAAAUUGUGCAACAUAAAAAGUAUUAUGUCUUCGAGAAGUAUCUUGCUGAGUCACUCUAAGAAAUAACUACCUUUACUUUAUCUGGUAGCCUAAUGUUUCCACACAGUUAUCCUGAAUAUUGCAAGUGAGGGACUGAAUCAUUUUAAUUGGGAGUUAUCUCUCUCAGGCAUGUUCUCUUGGAGUCUUUUUGAAGUAUCUGACAUGUGUAACAGAAUGACAUAUACAAUAUGAAUAACUGGUACAUUUAAAAAAUCAUCAAGGAGAUGAUUUUAGGAAACAAGCAAACUUUCUCCAAAGAUUCAUACAAAUUUUAGGUCAAAUUAACUUCAGACUUCAAAUGCACUAAUGUACCUAAGAGAAUAAACAGAAAAAAAAAAUAAAACAGAGAAGAAGGAGUUUCAAGGGCUCAUGUGUCUGUACAACAGACUCCCAACUGUCUUCUUGGCACUGUUUCCUCAUCAUCUAAGAUAAAUGACAACUUUAAAGUGAGGUAGAAGGUGGAUUGAAUUGGGAUUCAGGAGAAUUGGGUUCUAACCCCAGGUUUGGCCACAAAAAAGCUGUGAGACAUUGGCAAACCAUUUUACCUUCCUGAGUCUCGGUUUUCUCAUCCUGAAAGUGAAGGAUUCAGGUGACAUCUCUAAAAUCUCUUUCAACUCUAACCUUUAUUCUGAAUAAGAAUUUAAUAUUCACUUAGUGCUGUGCUCAGCACUGGUUUGUAAACAGCAGCUGUUUGUUAUCUCUAGUUUGGUCUCUGUAUUCUCAUCACUUCUUAGAACUAUCAUUCUACCACUGUCAUUUCUAAAGCCAAAACUGUUAGAAUACAGGGACUCUGGACUGGUUCUGCAAAUCUCUUCUGAUCAAAACAUUUCAUCAGUGUAGAGAAGGGACACAUUCAGAUUAUACUAAGGACAUUGACAUAGCUGGGUUUGUUUCCUUGUUUAUAAUAUUACAGAACCUAAAUGUGGAACUAUAUUCUAAUAACCUUUCAUAGGAAGGAAAAUAGCCAGACAGGGUAUUAUGCAUGUAACAAAUGAGGACAUUGUGCAUAAGAAAGGAAACAUUAGUUUUCUCUCAUCCUGGGCCAAGUACCUCGUUACAGUAAAUGUGUGUCCUUGGAAACUCUUUGCUUGUGCUGAUGGCGGUAAGCAUGUGGUCCCAGGCAGGUUCAAAGGCCAAUCUGUGAGAAAUGGGCAAGACAAUACAUUUUGUUUUGGAAGGAAUUUAUCAUGGGAUAAGUUUUCCAAAGCCUGAAUUAUAGACUAUGAAAUAAAACAAAUAAAUGGAGAGAAAACAAGUAUCGUUCUCAAAAAGUACAAGUCAAUUCUAUUUGAAAAAGACAAGCUGAAAAUAAAACAAAAAUAAACACAGUUUAGGAGAUUACAGAGUUGAAGACAGUAUGAGUUGUUGUGAAAGCCAACAUCAAAUGUGAAAGUUAGGUUCUCUGAGAAGAGGGUGAGCAGAAAGGAUGAUUUCUCAAGCAAUUAAUAAGGAAUUACUUGCUUGUGCCAUGUUCUAGAUGCAUUGAGCACAGAGCCUCUUGUCCCAAGCCGUCCUAGAGGCUCAGGUUAGCAUCUUUCCAAAUUAUCCUUUGACUUUAUUGCCUGAAAGAGCAGAAGGCAUUGGAGUCUCCAGACACUGAAGAGUAGGGUCCAGUCAUAACUUCCCAGCAAGCAUAUCACUUUGUGUAGGUAAGGAUAUAUGACAUGCUUAGAGUACCCAUGAAGCUCUCUCUAAGUGGGAGAAUGGCCUGUCCAUGGGACAACUCCCCAUUUUCAGUUAUUUCAUAGGUGCCUCUUUUUGGGCAGUGCUCCUGGAUCUACUGCUAAGCCACGUUCUUCUCUGCACAAGCCCUCCCUAUGUAAAGCCAGGCACAGUACAAAUCUGCUUCUUGCAAGUGAAGAAAACCCAUGGAAGUCCUAGCUUCAUGGCAUGCUGCAGCAAUCCCGAGCUACCGGGAGCCUCUUUUGAACCCACUUCCCUAAGACGUUGCUCUUCACCAGAGAAUGGAAAUUGUUCAUCCUGGUGUACUGUGGCCAAGUUCUGCUCCCUAAGUAUUUACUUGGAGGGGGGAAGUAAAGGGAAGAAAUUCAGGGAGAGAGAAGCAAAGGAGAACAACUUCCAACUUCAUCUCCCAAACCUCCACCCCUUCCUUAUCACUGCUCUACUGAAGGGUGUAUAAAUCCUGCUCUUGGUUAGAAUUCUCCUUAUUAACAGUGUUAUAUACAUAUAAAUAUAUAUAUAUAUAUAUAAAUAUAUUCCUUUUAUUCAGCCCUGUAGACAUGAACUGAUUUUCCCUUGAAGAUACAAACACAUGGCCAUUUUUUGUUUGGGUUUUUUGUUGUUCAAGGUUUUUAUUUUUGUUUAUUGGGUGGAUUUUUUUCCCUGGGUACUAGCUCUGUGAAGGAAAUAAAAAGCGAAGUGUGUGUAAAAAAAAAAAUUAAAAUUAAAAAAAGCUUUUUUUCUUUUCUUUUUAAAUGUAUUUAAAUUCUGUUUCUCUCUUCUGUUACUUUACACGUAUGAAUGCUCUGCUCUUCUGUGAUCUUAAAACAAAAUGAAAUAAACGUGAAAAGGAGAUGUGUCUUCA